AUGUGCUGGGGUACACAAGAUUACAUCUUUUGUUGUGUGUGUAGAGAAGAGACCCCCUUCGAGAUCAACUGGCACGGCUGUCAUCUUCAGGUAGGUGGAAUAGACUCACCAAUUUGCCCGGAACCCAUUAUCACCAAGUUGCACGCAACCUGUACAUGUCAAACAUGUAUUAACGAGGCAGACGAUGGAGGUGACCCUGACGAUAUCUACCCAGAGCCUUUUGAUCAUCCUGGCUUCCCUGACACCAAGCCUGUCAUUGAAGUCGACAGAGUUGAAUUGCCUGAGCCCACAGCCUACGAGUCAUUCUGGAAAUUUGAGAAUCUUGCGGGUACUGACUUGCCAAGUCAUGAGGAUGCGAUGAACGAGAUGCCCAGUCCACCUUGGUUUCAAGUUAGAGUGCGAGAGGAGGCAGUCCACGAACAAGUCAUCGCGGACGCAGUCUACACAACCGCAGUGGAGCGUCUUCAAGGACUUAUGAAAGUUGCUCGCAAUCGUAGGGAAGAUAUUCGCAGAUAUACCCUAAACCACGCUGUACCCGAUAAAGCUUUGCUGGAGUUUGCCUACGAAAUCAUCGAAUCCCUCUUAUCUGAACAAGAACAAAGGAAUUCUCGCAUAAGUUCCUUGCAAAAGCUUCUCGAGUCCAUCACUAAAGAUAUCAACUUGGAAGGUUUGUAUUACCCCAGUCCCCCAGAGAUGACUCUGCUCAAGUACAAGCGUGAAGCCAUCAUGAGAGAGCUGGAAGAGAAGUUCAUCAAUCACUUCAAGCUUCCAACACCUGAAGAUUGA